GUUUUUUAGCAUUUCAAUAAACAGAUUUCUUGGUUGUCUAAUUUGUUGGUUGACAUCAACACUAUUAACUUAUUUUAUAAUGUAAUUGAAAAUAGUUGGUUGUUCUGUUUAUAUAACCAUUUAUUGGAGCGUAUGUUUAUUUAAAAUGUGCUAAGCAUCAUAGUAUUGAAAUAAACAUGAAUGACAGGAAAUGAUUCGAAAUAUAUACUGACCUUGUGAUAUUUUAAACAAAGGCUCAAUUUUAUUAAUAAAUGUGCAUGAAAUGUUUACCUUAUUCCUGUCAACCACUAUUUCUACCUUUAUUACUAACAAAUUUUCACCCUAGAAUUUUGUAUCCAAGAUACUUAUCAAACGAAUUGUCAUCUUUUCACUUACAUUUUUCCAGUUAAAAUGUUUGUAAAUUAAUUUAUUUAAUUUGAGGGUACGGUUUCCCCAAUUGUCCUUAUCACUAAAUAUAAAACAGUAAUGAACCGCUAUGUAUUCUACUUAAUAAAACCCUUAUCAGUAAAAGAAUAAUAAUCAUCUUUUAACUAGAUCUAUGAAGCAAGAAUACCUGCCUGAUCAGAAAUAGUUUCUAAACCAAUUAACUUAUUUAUGACUAUCUGUGUCUUUAAUCAUUACACUUUUGAGUUUAUUUCUAGUUUAAAUUGGAAGAGUGAUGAUAACAAAAACAAAGGCAUAUUCAAUGCAUUCUAAAUGUCAUGAUAAGAAAUUUUUUUAAACUUCUUCAUUCAAUCUCUAUCAGCUUUCUUUCAUUGAUCUUAACACUAUAUAUCGAAGAAUUGCAGAAAAACAUGCGAUUGUUUAAAUUUUGAGAGGAUCAUCCAAAUCAUUAUUAUUAUUUCCAUAUCAUAUUGAUUCUAUAUUGUAUUCCUUUCUGGGUUUUUUUAAAUUAUUCACAAUGUAUAAAUGUAUUAUAAAGCUAUUUUCAAAUUUCUCUGAUCUUAUUCAAUUAAAACAAAUCAUAUUUCAAUUCUUAAGUGUUACAUCAUUUAUUGUAAUGUUUUUAUUUGGUGCAACAACAUGUUGGUUACUAUGGUUAUAUUUAAUUAUUAAAUUUAUUAAAUUAUUUUAUAUAAUUACUAAUCAAUUGAUUAUGAAUAAUCAUAAUAUUAUUUAUAAUCCUAUGGAAUUUAUAUAUAAUGAACAAUUAUUUGAUUUAUUUCGACAAUUUAUAACAAUAUUAUUAAUGAUUACUAUCUAUUGGAUCUAUUGGAAUAUUGAUAAAGGUUCUGAAGAAAAAGGUAGUCAUCCAAAAUAUUUUAUUAGAAAUUUAAUAAUAUGGAAAUAUAUAGCACAUUAUUUUCCAAUUAAACUUGUUAUCAGUGAAUUAUAUAAUAAUAAUAAUAAAGAUAAUGAACAUGCAACUGAAGUGACCGAAUCCAAUAUUAUGGCUGAUCAAAGUUGUGAUAAUAAUAAUGAGGAAGAAGAUCAAAAUUCAAAUGAUAAAAUAUGUACUCAAACAAUUAGAAAUAAAGAAGAUUAUCCUAAACAUGAGAAUAAUUUAGCAUGUAUAAAAGAAUUAUUCCCUCCAAGUAACAAUUAUUUAGUUGGUUAUCAUCCACAUGGAAUAUUUGGUAUUGGUGCUUUUAUUAAUUUCUUAACGGAAGCUAAUCAAUUCUCCGAAAAAUUUCCAGGAAUUACACCAUGGUUAACAACAUUAGAAAUUAAUUUUAAAGCACCAUUUUAUCGUGAUCUUCUUUUAUCUUUUAAUCUUGUAGCGGCAACAUACAAAGGACUUUCAUACCUUCUUGAUCCUCAACAAUGUGGAAAUACAGGAAAUUUCGUUGUCGUUGUUUUGGGUGGUGCUCCUGAAGCAUUAGAUUCACGUCCUGGAAAAUAUGUCUUCCACACUAAUCGACGAUAUGGCUUUUUUAAGUUAGCAUUAACGACUGGAUCGCACUUAGUACCGUGUGUAUCGUUUGGUGAACCGAAUAUGUUUAAACAAGUGUACAAUCCUGAAGGGAGUUGCAUACGAUACUUCCAAAAUCGAUUUACGGAAAUGGCAACAUUCUCACCUCCUUUCUUUUAUGCUCGAUUUUUACUGCCUUAUCGGACAGAUGUUAACACAGUCAGUAAGUUAAAUAUAUACCAUUUAAAAUAUUUUCGACUUUAUGAAACAAAAUAAUCCAGUGGUCGCAAUAAAAUUUACUUAAUAUCAUUAGUAAUCUUUUCUAGCUAUCUCAGACGAAUCGAACAACCAGAGAGCCUAGUGAGGAUAAUCGCAAUACAGUGAAAAUUAAACCAACAGAUGUGCCCAAGAGUUUAAUUGGACGUUCUAAAAUAGAACAGCUACAAACGCUAACACAACCCGUUGUCCAGUCGCUAUAUAUUGUCAUUUCAAAGUCGCUGAGAUAUGAUUAAGGACUGGAAAUAAGAGCCAGCAAUACUUAUUACAACUCACAAGUCUUUUUCACUUUAAACUACAAGGCUCCAAACUGAUCGGUUGGCUGUCAUGCAGUUUAAUUUGAGUCUCGAAAUUACACCCAGAAUUCUCAUAUAUUUCCAAUAAUACGAGACUAGAAGACAAACUACCGGGUAGUUGGUAUAAUGUCUACUGUCUGUUGUGGAAACGUACAAUAAGUGGUAUUCUGUGAAUUAUACCCUUCUUGCAAAUUACUUCAACCAAAAUGAUUAAUCUCGUUAAUAUACUAGACCACUUUAUACUAGCUUUCAAAAAGAAAGAAGCCGAGUAUAUAAAACGCUCUUAAUUAUUAUCUAUACAGUCAGAUUUUGUCUGUAUACCUUAAUCAUUAACAAGAAAACUAUGUAAAGUACAUUUCAUUGGAAUAUAGCAAAACUGGAAUUCCAUUAGUAAUCUGACAGGUUGUAAAAUCACUAGCUUUUAACAGAACACCAGAUCAGCAAUCUAGAAGACGUUAAAACCCACUUACAAUACAAAUACAAUCUAUAAACUAAAACUAUCAAAAUUAUUGUUUAGAUUCUUGUAUCUUAACUACAAAAUGUCUUUUUUCUACCAAAAUAAAAAAGUUGGACGGCCAAUACCAUGUGAAAAAAAUCCAAAUCCAACAAGAGAACAAAUAUCAGUGCUGAAAGAAUUAUACCUAGAAGAACUUCGAAAUCUUUACAAUAAAUAUAAACCAAUCUAUGAUCCAGAUGGAGAUCUAAUGUUUGUUUGAAGCUGAGAUAAUCUUGUUUACGCGGUUUAUCCUAUUAGCCAGAAAAAAAACAAUAAAUAUUACCAUCUAGGACUUUAUGAUUCUGAUUAUUUUAUUUAUGACAAUUAUUUUUCAGUUUCAAGAUGUACAUUCAUUUGAAAAGAUUUUUCUUCUCUUUUCAUUUCUUCUAUGAUCUCAUGAGGAACAACUCGCGAUAUAUUAUAACACUGAUAGGAAGUAAAAGACUAAAUAAUUAUGACGGCUUAAUCAAAUCAAUCGGUAUUAUAGUGUACCGUAGUCAAUGUUAAAAGUCCUCGUAACCUUUAUAAGUCAUUGUUUAAGAUGAUAGAUCAUGUAGGUCUGAAGUUCGAGAGAUUAGUAUAGAUUACUACUAGAUUCUAGGAACAAUAAGGGUGAACAUCAAGUUUGUGUUUACUUACUGAUUGACUUGUAUUAAGUAAAAGGAACAAAAUGCUUUCUCUAUUUCGAUAGAAUAGUGGGAAGAAAUUUGAUAAGGUUCGAAAUACUGAAAAAGAAACUUUAAUCAUUCAAUACAGGUCAGUUCUACUAAGCGUUAACAUGGUAAAGUAUACAUGAAAAAUUAGCUGAUGUGAACAAAAUAAGGCAUGGAAUUAGAGUGCAUCAUAAAGAGUUAGUACACCUGUUAAUGUUUAAGAAACUUAAAGCAAUUAGUCCCUUUGAU